CGGCAGACAGUCUGUCAGCGCUGAAAACACGACUUCGAAUAAAAGAGUGAUAUUACGGAAAUUGAACACAAACAUGAAUCUGCAUUGCAGCUAAAGGAUCCAAUGGGAAGACAGAGUCUGGCUGUGCGAAUACUGAAAGGCAGUGCUGAGAGUCACUUGAGGAGUUGUACAAUGCAUUGAACCAAAUGGGGCAUUGCAGCACCCAAAUCAUCAUCCUGUUCCUGCUUCAGUUCUUACAGACAUCAGCUAAAGAUGUCUCCAUUGACUGCAUGUGUGUCGGCAGUGACUGUAAUGAGCAGCAGUGUACUGGUGACCAGUGUUACACCUCCGUUAUCAUUAGCAAUGAUGUGACGACGUUCAAGCGGGGCUGCUUGAUCGGGCCGGCGAGCAAGCGCAUGACCUGCUCCGCAACAGCUUCUGCUAGUCAUGUGGUAGAAUGCUGUUCUCAACACAUGUGCAACGCCAACGUCUCCAAAGAGACCCUACUUCGACUGCUGCUCACAAGUCCAGAAGAAAAGAAGACUGUUCAUUACCGCGUGGAAAUGUUGGUUCUGUUUGUGUUGGGGCCGUUUGUGGUUCUGGGUCUGCUGUCUUUUCUGGCUUUGCUGGUGUGCCGUCGACUCCAUCAUGGGCGUCUGGAGAGACUGCACGAGUUUGACACUGAACAGGGGGCCAUCGAUGGGCUUAUCGCGUCUAAUGUCGGAGACAGCACACUUGCGGAUCUGAUGGAUCACUCCUGCACUUCAGGCAGUGGUUCAGGACUGCCCUUCCUGGUUCAGAGAACGGUUGCGCGGCAGAUCAGCCUGGUGGAGUGUGUUGGUAAAGGACGGUACGGUGAAGUGUGGAGAGGUCAAUGGCAAGGAGAAAAUGUAGCCGUGAAGAUCUUUUCCUCUAGAGAUGAGAAGUCAUGGUUUCGAGAAACAGAAAUUUACAACACUGUUCUGCUACGACAUGAAAAUAUAUUAGGCUUCAUGGCUUCUGACAUGACCUCCCGAAACUCUAGCACUCAGCUGUGGCUGAUCACACACUAUCACGAGAAUGGCUCUCUGUAUGACUACCUGCAGCGUGUGGCUGUGGAGAUGGCAGAUGGACUGCACAUGGCGGCUUCGAUUGCCAGCGGGCUGGUGCACCUGCACACGGAGAUCUUUGGCACGGAGGGCAAACCGGCCAUCGCUCACAGAGACCUGAAGAGCAAGAACAUCCUUGUGAAGAAAGAUUUGCAGUGCUGCAUCGCUGACCUGGGUCUGGCAGUAACACACACGCAGUCUGAUAAUCAGCUUGAUGUGGGAAAUAAUCCUAAAGUGGGAACCAAACGCUACAUGGCACCGGAGGUUCUAGAUGAGACCAUUCAGACGGACUGUUUUGACGCCUAUAAGAGGGUGGAUAUCUGGGCCUUUGGGUUGGUGCUGUGGGAGAUCGCACGCAGAACCAUCAGCAAUGGAAUUGUAGAGGAAUACAAGCCGCCUUUCUAUGACCUGGUUCCUAAUGAUCCCAGCUUUGACGACAUGAGGAAAGUGGUUUGUGUGGAGCAGCAAAGGCCAUUCAUUCCCAACCGCUGGUUUUCAGAUCCUACCCUGUCUGCUCUGGUGAAGCUGAUGAAAGAGUGCUGGUACCAGAACCCCUCGGCUCGUCUCACUGCCCUGCGCAUCAAAAAGACUCUGGAUAAAAUCCACAGUUCACUGGAGAAGGGCAAAACCGACUGCUGAGGAGAGAGAGAGCUGCAGAACUACUGACCGCUCACCCGCUCAUUAUACAGACACUGUGUGUAACCAAACCAUUGGAUUCCAUCGCUGGCAUCUGUCCCAACUCUAACAUGCUGUUUAUUUGCUUUAUUCUUCUUGUUCAUUGGCCUAAAAACUUUUUUAUAGAGAAUUACGCUCUCUUUUAUGGAUUUUAUUUUUCCCCCCGCUGAACCCGGUGGAACUCACAUUUACCCUCAAGAAGCAACAAAAAGGACAGAGACGCCAUCAAAUAUGUGGACGCACACUGACAGGCCUUGAAGAAACCCUCUGUCAUGGAUUUUUUUAACAGCAUCACGUUGUCUAUUUAACCAUUGGCAGACUUUAAAGAUUUGUACUUUUCAGAAAAAUGAAAAGGACGGAUACACACAUGCUGAAAUGCAAUCAGUCUCAUAAUGUGUGUGUGUGCACAUGAUUCUUGUUAUAACCAGAAAAACUUCAUAGCUGUAACAUCACCUGCUUUUAGACAUAUGGUGGGUUUUGAGCUUUUUAAAGGUCCUGAUAGUUCUUGUAGAUAGGUUAGGCAAAGUUAGUCACAGUUUUGCUAUAGUGGACUUAUCAUAAAACCGGUUGGUUGCUUAAUGCCACUAUGUACAGUAGGAAUCAACAGGCUUCUUUCUUUAAUUAGGCCUGUUUAGUGACCAGACCUGGGUUUUGAACUAGUGGUAAAAAAAAAAUAAAUUCUGUCAUCAUGUAAUUCCAAAAAUAAAUAACUUUUUCAGUGGGAAAAACACAGAAAAAGAUGUUUUAAAGAAUGCUCACGCUGCUCUUUUUCCAUACAGUGAGCACAUAUUGUGGCAUGCUCUCUAAAAAUUAACGAAAACCGUUCAUAUAUUGUUUGGAAUGACAUGAAUGAUGAGUAAAUAAUGAGAGAAUCAUUUUUUUUUAAUAUAUAUAUUUUUUUGUUUGGGUGAACUCGCAGUCUGGUCAUUCUCAUAGCACCCUAUGAGGGCUUCCCUUUGACACAAGGCCUUUCUGACCUGUUGCCUCUAUGCCUGCCUGACUAAAAGCCAUUGUAGCACACCGUAGUGCUUUUUUGUUUUAUUUUUUUGUAGCUGUUGUCUUUAUUUUUGCCCUCACAGGCAUGCGUACUUGAUGUUUGUUCAAUGACAAUCAGCCGCUGUCCAGUAGGGCCUGAACUAUUUGCUGUCAUGUACAAAACCCUACUUAUGAGCUUUUAAGGUGACGUCUCAGCACACUAACAGAGCUAGUCAUGAUCAUAAAUAGACUCUGGUUUUGUGAAUUUGCGUAUUUGUUUACCCUCAUGCUUUUUUCACACUUUUUGUAUCACAGUUUUCAACACGCACCAUGAGCCGAGAGAAUUCGGAUGCUUUUAAAACUUUAAACGCUUUUUGACUAUUUAAAAGUGACACUCUAAUAUAGGAUGGAAGAGGUUUACAAAGGAAAAUGCUAUUGUUGUAUACCGAAUGGCUUGUGUAUGUUGCUUAUGGUUUGGGUUAAGUGAAAUUGUUUGAAUUUAAUUUUUUUUAUUUUGGAAAAAUUGGUCAUGAUACACUACAACUUUCACUUCUGGUCGCUUUUGCUCUCCUAUAAAACCAAACGUUUACAUGUUUGUGUUGACCUGGGGAGCGAUGUUAGGAAUUAAGACUACAGCAGCUAUUGCAUUAUGAACUGUGAAUGUUAUAAUGAAGAAACCUUAUGUAUGAUGUUACUGGAAUACUGAAUGCGCGGUUAAGAAUUAAAAGGAAAUCUGCUUUUUUUCA